GUUUAAGAUGGAAUAGGAAAGAUGUAGGGAAAUGCAUGUAGCUGUAGAAGUCCAAAUAGACCCGGUUGACCAUUCUAAAUGAACACAAGUUGCCCCAGACCAAUCGUGCAGCAGCGGCAUUCAAAGACUAUGAGGAACAAUUCUUUUGCAGCACAAUAAGAAAUUAUAUUGGACUGUUGUUGGCGCCGGUACUAUAUGGCUGACUUGCAGCUGAAAAGUCAGCUUCCCGACAUCGCGAGGAAAAUCAAAUCAGGUAGCAAGCUAUUUGAGAAAUAUCGCACCAAGCGCGGAUUCGCGAUUAAUGCAGACGAACAGCUACACGAGCUAUUGCAUGCUGGACCACGAGGUGUCCAGUCUCCGUACAAUAAGCUGGUCCUUCGGCUGGGAGAAGAGUUUGCGAAAGGCGACGACGAAUGCAUUGCACGGUUCAAUCAGAUCAGUGUCGAUAUCGAGAGACUCAUCGACCAACUAGCUUUGCGGCUUGACAAUGCCGAAGGCGAGCAGGGCGUCGUCUUCGAUCCCGAGGUGGAACAAGAGUGGGAAUCCGAACUCCACGACACUCUGGAGGAGAAGAUGAGGAAGGGAAAAUCGGCGCUGAGCGAAUUUGUUCAAAGAAGGUGGAAAAUCACUCCUACUGUUCUUCUCGGUUCUCCUGUCAACCACUCCAGCCUUCGACGCAUGCAUGGCUCGCCUUACUGCCCAGGAGCACUUCGGCUUCAACGAGACCUAAACGCAUCAAUUUUAGAUGUUGCUACCACGCUUCCGAAUGGGGAAUCGUUUCGCUGUGAAGAAUGCGGCCUGGAGCUCAAGGACCUCGAGUUGCCGCAGCAGAACCAUAGCGAGGAGGGGUGGACUGCUGUCGCAAGAACCCAUGUUCGAGCAUCGAUUUCCUUAAAGGAUCGCAGAGCGUGGUUCAUGUGCGUUGAGUGCCAGUGUCUUGGUCGAGAGCAUUACACUGUUAGUGUCCGGGCACUCAUACACCAUUUGAAGGAGCAUGUAAAGUUAAAGAAGCUGAGGGACAGAUUGGACGCUGCGAGGUCAACCGUGGUACUCUAGUUAGGAAUCGAGACAAUGUUCGGAAAUGAAAAGCAGCAGGUGUAUUUGAAGC